AGGGUGACUACCUGCUGAAAGUGAACUUUCUUAAUAUCCGUGCAUCUGUAUAAAUUUAGCCCUGCCUUUGAUGUUCUGCAACUGAUCACCGAUCAGAUUACGGGCAUUUCAUCUCCCUGCUCGUCUGCCUUUGAUCUGCAUGGUUAAUUUUAUUUUCUUGGAUUUGAAGUUUCGUCUGGGCUUGUGCUGACAUACAUUUUUGGGAAGGUAGAAGCAUUUGGCAUAGAAGUGCUGCCAAGGAGAAACUAACUUGCAGAAAGGAACUCUUCAAGGAUAAAUACAUUUACUAAGAGCAAUGGCUUUAAAAGUGCUACUCGAACAAGAGAAAAGAUUUUUCACCGUUGUAGUUUUACUAGCCUGUUUGGCAUGUGAGGUGAUUUGUGAAACAGGAGACUGUAGACAACAAGAAUUCAGAGAUCGGUCUGGAAAUUGUGUUCUCUGCCAGCAGUGCGGGCCAGGCAUGGAGUUGUCUAAGGAAUGUGGCUUUGGCUACGGGGAGGAUGCCCAGUGCAUGACGUGCAGGCCGCACAGGUUCAAGGAGGACUGGGGCUUUCAGAAAUGCAAGCCGUGCCUGGACUGUGCAGUGGUGAACCGCUUCCAGAAAGCAAAUUGUUCCGUCACCAGCGAUGCUGUCUGCGGGGACUGCUUGCCAGGAUUUUAUAGGAAGACAAAGCUUGUUGGUUUUCAAGACAUGGAGUGUGUACCUUGCGGAGAACCCCCUCCUCCUUACGAGCCGCACUGUACCAGCAAGGUCAACCUCGUGAAGAUCCCGUCCACAGCCUCCAGCCCGAGGGACACAGCCCUGGCUGCCAUCAUCUGCAGUGCCUUGGCCACCGUCCUGCUGGCCCUGCUCAUUCUCUGCGUCAUCUAUUGUAAGAGGCAGUUUAUGGAGAAAAAGCCCAGCUGGUCUCUGAGAGCACAAGACAUUCAGUACAACGGUUCUGAACUGUCAUGUUUUGACAGACCUCAGCUCAACGAAUCUGCUCCCAGAGCCUGUUGCCAGUGCCCCCGGGACCCGGCCCAGAGCUGCGGGCCUGCCCACUUGAUGCCAUGCCUGUGCCGUGACGAGGCCUGCAGCGUCCACCGGGCCGCUCCUGGCUGUAGAGUGCAUUCCAAGGCCGCUCUUCAGGACAGAAACGCAGGUCCAUUGACAGAAACGACGCCCACUUUCUUCGGAUCUGUCUGUGGCGAGUUUUCGGACGCCUGGCCUCUGAUGCAAAAUCCCCUUUGUAGUGACGACAUCUCUUUUUGUGACGCUUUUCCUGAACUCACUGGAGAAGAUUUUCAUUCUCUCAGUCCAGAAAAUGAAAGUUCGUCAUCUUUGGAUUCCGACAGUAAUCAGGAUUUGGUUGGUGGAGCUGUUCCAAUUCAAGCCCAUUAUGAAAACUUUACAGAAACUACUGAUUUGUCUAGACGUAGCAGCUCACUGACAGAAUCAGUGCUGACUCAGGAUACACUAACUUCUAGAAGCCAGCUAGAUCAAGAGAGUGGCGAUAUCGUGAACCUAACCACUCGGACCUGCCCCCAGGAAGCGUAAAGGGCUUGCUUCUUGCUGCAAUAGAAGUGUGCAUAUGGAACCCAAAGGGCGCCUACUCCUCUGCUUAGGCUGAUGGACUGAGCACAGUCUGGACCUUGCUUGGCUUCUGGGGCAAAAAAAUAAAUCUGAACGAAACUGAUGACAUUUUAAGCUUUCAACCAGUUGCUUCUGAGCCAGACCAGCUGUAAGCUGAAACCUCAAGAAACAACAAGAAAAGACUCCAGGCACUCGUGAUACUUUGCAUCUCUCCUAAACAAGAAGCUUCCAUGCCGCAAGCGUGACUUCAAAGAGUGAUGGGUCAAGUCUGCAGCCUCCGAGAUUAUGGGCAUAUAACGAGAAACAAAUGCAUUCUUACUUAGUUUUAUGGUGGAUGUGGUUUUACAAGACUGAAGACCCAGAGUAUAAAUUUUCAUUUACAUUUUCUUUCCAGAAAUAAUUUCAUAUAGCUGAUUAUCCUACUAAAAGUCAACGUCAGAUUAGUUACCUUAGUUUUUAGGUAAAAUGGUUCAAGAACGAAUGUUUCUAUUUGAUGGUCACUUUUUCAUCAUCUUAACUAAUUAGCUUAGGAGGUUAGAAUUGACUUCAUCCUGCCUGCCUAAAUCUUGGGUUUAUUCAAUGAAGUUACCUGACUUAACUAGGAAUCAGAGGAGAACAAGUCUUUUCCAGAAUCGACACUUCUAACCUCAGCCGCUGUCUCAUGGACCCCUCUGGGAGCUGGUAGUGAGAGGCCUGAGUUGGGGGGGUGGCUGGGAAAGGAGCGCCCAUCACCCUGUGUAAAAACCCACUUAAUGCACAUAUCCUAGAUUAGCAUAUUUAUGGGAGAAUAGGUUGAUAGGGAAGCAGUUGUUACUUCUGUCCCUGUAACUGAGCUUAGAAGAUCCAGAAUUUCUUUUAUAGAAAAGUAGUAUUUGUAAAAAUAAUGAUCUUUUAUUUGCCUUGUAUCUUCUAUUAAAGGCUUUAGAAAUUACAACAUAUCAGGUUCCCCUCCUACUGAAAUAUAACACCAGGGGAGGAGUCUCAUGAAGACUACACUGCAUACUAGAACCAGAAGGACAAGCACAAUCUGUAGGCGGCGUUUGGGUGAAUGGUCUGUGACAGCCGUAGGGUAGUUUGACCAGGAUGCAGCAGUGUUCCCUCUGCUCUUGUAAGCUUAGUUAGCGUGAUAAUCUCCUCUGUGUGCCGGAUGAUGCUGGAGAGAAGAGAGCCGUGCUUCUCUGAAGGCGCUCCAUCCCCUCCCACCCUGUGUUUACUCACUAGAUUUAUCUCUAGAGCUGAUAGAAGUGAACCAAGCAACAGCUCGUUUGUUCUUACUCUUUGUGUCCUGGAGAGGAAUUAAGUGAGCAGGAUUUAUUUUUUUCCUAUUUGAACCUACAUGAUCAGAUCUGGCCUUUGUCUUUUAACUGAUUACUGUUAGUUCUGUCACUUUUGCACUUAAAAAAGAAAUAGACAUUGGAACGUCAUUGUGUUAGAGUACACUAAGAUAUUUUGUUUUGGAAUUGCCCUGCCCACGUCAGUGUCUUUUACCUAACAUUUAACAAAACUGAAAUAGGAAAUUAGAGUGUCUCAUGGUAACGCACAGUCUUUCCUGUCUACCUGGUGCCCAGUCAUAAGUGAUUGACUUUUUCUUUUCCUUUUUUAGCAUAAACUUUUGGUUCUUAAACUUUGGGUACUCACCAACUCUUAUGAGACUUGUCUUUAGGAACUCAUGUAAAAUAUUUAGGAUUUGAUCACAAGAUGUCUAUGAAAACGCAAGUUUCCUUGAGUGGCUUCAUUGUACUUCACAUGUGUGCCACUGUUUGCAGUCUGAUCAUGUUUGUUAUGACAGAGGAUGAUCAAAGCAGCCCAGGGUGUGUUCCUUUUUGUAACCUGCAUAUAUUUUCCAUAUGUAGAGCCCUCAUUAACUUCAAAGGUGAGUACUUGCUGGCGAGAACUAGAUCAAUGCAAAUGAGACUUUGGCCAAAAAUCCUGAAACAUCACUUUUGAUCAGUAGGGAAAUACUUAGGGUUGAAAGUCGAUUUCAAUUGAUACUGUGUUUGAAAAAUCCUAGGUUAUAUUUAUCAAGAUGAAGACAUUUUCCCACCACUUUACUAUGGAAACAUACAGUGAUGUUUUUUUGUAAAGUUUUUACACAUUUUGUAAACACUUGAGAAAGAAAUCCCAUUUGCAUUUCACUUUGUGGAAUAUCCGACAGCACUCGGAUAAACUCAGCUACUCGAGGCCCGAGCCAGGGCCGGGAGCCCACGGCCGUGACAGCGCUGCGAAGCCCGUCGAAGAGGAUGACACGGGGAUCUGAGAGCAGCAGGGAAAGGCGUGGCAUUUCUAAGUUUGUGUAUAUGGAAUGUAUUUUUCAAAUAUAGAUUUUUCUACUUUAGAUAGAAUGUUAAUGUUGCUCUUACCUAGGUUAAGCACUAUUGUCUGUGCUCGGAAAAAAGAAGAGGAAAGGGAAAAAACCCAUCAUUGCUUUAAGGUAGCCUGAAUCGGUUCAGAUUUCAGCAUUACUACUUUGCAUACUGGAAUUUAUAAAUUUGUAAAUUUUCGUUUUCUUAUACAAAUAGUUUUGUAAUACCUUUUUUUAUUUGUGAAUAAAACUGAUACCUGGUAUUCUUAUUUA